UUGUUUCAAAGUGAGAAAACCUCGUCUAGACGAUCAUUUGAAUUUAUGCAAUUACCGGAUACUGAUAUUUGUCAAAUUAUGUCCUUUUUAGAUGCCCAGUCACUAUUGAACUUAUCACAAAAAUGCAGUCAUCUACGACAAUUAUGUCUGGCACACGAAUAUAAUGCUGGGAAACGAGAUAAUCUUCAAAAUCUGCACAGAAGCAUCUCAACUUCUUGGAAUGAUUUCAAUGUUAUCAAGCUUUGGAAUUGUCUACGAACGACCACCGCUUCACUUUUAUCAUGAAGAAAUUUCAAAUGCAAUAGCGUUGUGGAAAUCAGAUCCUCUGUCCAGAUGCUGUGAUGUAUACAUGCGUCGACCACACGAUGUCUCUUCAGAAUCUUGGAUUAAACUUGCCGGUUCAAUCGAUGAGAGCCGUAUUGAUCCGUAUACAGACGAGGUGCUCGUUUCACAAAUAACAAUUAAACAUUCAUUUCUUGUACAUAUCGACUUAGUCUUUCAUUUUCACUGA